AUGGCGCUGUCUCCCUCCUCAGAGCAUCCCGCGCCACCCUCUUCAACACCGACUCACAGCACCUCCGAUGCCAACAUCUUCAGCGAUGAGCUGCGAGCACGCGCGUCCAGCCCGCCAUCGAGUCCGCCGGGAUUUCCUUGGGAGCAGCAGCACAACAAACAGGCGACGCGCAAUGGAGAGGCUGUGGCCUCCUCGUCACCCCCGCCCCCGCCAACCCCCAAUGUCUUCUCCAUUCUCGGCAAGAGAAAACCAUUAGCAACAAUCAGCGAUAAUGCAGCGAUGCGUCCCAAGAAAGUCGCAAAGGCGCAGAGUAAUGCCGGUGAAGCGAAGUUGACGCAAUUGCGCAUGUCCCUCGGCCAAUCCGUACAGAAGAAAUGUACGCAAUGUGGGAUGGAAUAUACGGCUUCUAGUGCUGAGGAUCGGAAAUUGCACGAUAAAUUCCAUAAACAGAAUACGGAAGGGAUAGAUGUUGGCAAGGAUUUUGUCGCCAAGACGCCUCAGGCGAAUCGGUUCAAAGGUGUGAAAGAGGAAGAUGCGAUCGUGUGUCUGUGGUGUCUCGAUACGUACCACCGGAAACGGAAAGGACAGGCUGUACUGGAUAUGGUGCAGAAAGAACUUGGAGCAGUGCCAAUCGCAGAGGAGGAUAUUUGGGAUGCAAAGAGACAGAAGAACUUUGACGGCGAAGAGUCGAGACACAGGGCAUACCUCUACAUUCGCGAGACGAAAUGCAUUGGGUUUCUGCUAGUGGAGAGUAUACAACAAGCGCGAAGGGUUAUCCGGCCUGAGAAGGACACAUCUGAAGCACUAGCGAAGCCUCCGGAAGGCGACACGAAGCAGAGCAAGCAGACUGCGCUUCAAGCCCUCAAAGCCCGCAAAGAAGCCGCACAAAAAGCUCUGCUGGCAACCCAAGAAGAAAUGGCCGCAGCAGACGGUCAGCCUCUCCAGCUCUCCCCGGCAUCCCAUCCUGCGGUCCUGGGCAUCUCUCGAAUAUGGACCUCAUCGACUCACCGCAGUCAAGGUAUUGCAAAGUCACUCGUCACUACAGCAAUCGUACACCACAAUAAGCGCUACGCAUGGUACCAAAAGGCCCGCGCUGAUCUCUUGAGCGGGAAGACAACGCCAGAGAAUGAAGUCAGUGAACGCUUGAAUGCCGAAACCUGGGACAAACUCAAGAAACUCGAACGGAAGGAACAGGUUGCUUUCUCCCAGCCUACCGAUUCUGGUGCCAGAUUAGCAAGGAAAUGGUACGGCAGUGCAUACGGCUGGAGCGUUUACGUCGACUGA